UUGGUAAGGCCAAACUUUCGCGGUCGCGUUCCCGUUUAGGUGCUCACUAGGAAAUCUGUUCGUUACGGAUUGGAUUAAUUUACGUUUGUUGAUCUAGACUCGAACAACGGAAUUCGCUGGCAAUUGAGUGUAGUGGCAGAUUUUAAUGUGAUUUUUGAAGCCCUCGGACAGCCCCUCUAAAAGGUUUACUAAUCGUUACUGGUUCAACGGGAGUGGUAACCUGAAUGACCUGUUAUACGAAAUGUUAUUUUGUAUGAACUGCACCGAAAUCGAACGAAUAAAAAUGUGAUUAGCAUAAGUGAACACCGAAGUGUACCCGCUCGCUCACUCCAAGAUAUGUUUCAUUCAACUCUGUGACAGAUAGAUCAAAAGGCACAAUUUCCGCUGCGCAUUCACCGUAAAUGUAACAAGCAGCAAAGUGGUAAUAUUCUUCCUCUUUCGACUCUCGACAGCCGUCAUAAUUCUUGUACGGUGAAGUGUCACUUCUAGGUACAAGUGACUGUCGUCGGUGUCCUACUCGACGGGCUUUCCUGUGUUGCUGGCAAUACAGUAAAAAGUGAGUUGUUUGUAAUCGUGAAAAUGUGAAGAGAUAUCCUAGGCGAAGAGGAGUGAUGAUACCUGUGAGAAACAGAAAAGAAAAAAAAAAAUAAAGUGUAUAUUCUAAUGGAAAAUACGAAUGAGUCUGCAAAGUGACACACAUCAAACAAUCUUCCGGGUGAAACUUCCACAGCACGGAUCAGUGGAUAAAGCAAGAAAGCUCUCGCGAGCGCCCCGUGAAUGAGGCUAAAAAGCGAAAACAGCCUUCAUUAUACCGGCGCUGCCACUGCUGCUGCUAUAUGCCCUCUUAGCCAAAGCAUCGAGAAGAUCAUUGCCGUUAUUUGCCCCGGCACCAGAUCGCAACUCUCUAAUGAUAGAGUAGGCGGCGAGUUCCGGCGAGGAGUGUAAACGUGUCAACAGUCCAAAACUGUGUGGCGGCGGUGCGCUACAGCAGGAAAAAGUGAAAAACCGACCGAAUAAUCCUACCGCCGAACGAAUAUGCUGGCCCGCGUCGGUGACCCGGUAAAGUGCACUAAAAUUGGUUCGAUUGGCCAGUGAAAGUGAAGUGGCGAAUGAUUAUACCGUUUGUUUCAAGUCCUGGGAAUGAAGCACAAUGUUUGCGCGAAAGAUUUUGUUUGUUCCACCGAAAUCGGGCAACCAAAGUGAUGAGUGAUAUUUGUUUUGCGACAGCUGGUUCUCGUGUCUAGAAUAGUGAAUGGCACAGGCCAGAAAGUAGCAAAAAAAAAGAAACAACAUCAUAAUUCAUCCUGCAAAGCAUCACACUGCUGUGUGAUCCAUUCGUCACUGACGCUAGCUGCUUCUUUUUUGGACUAUCGUUAGCCGCACACUCUGCUGCGAGGUCCGGAAGAGAAAUUAAAUCCUUCUCAUCUAUCCCGGAGCGGCUGACUGCAGCAACUGCGCAUACCGAAGGCUAUCAACAUGGAAUCUAUCUACGGCACCAACAAGAAAUAUCUGCAAAGUCUGACAGCGGGAAGUGACUUUUAUAGAUGUCCCAGCACGAUUAGACCGAUGGCGGCGGAGUACUCCUACCACAACACCAUGGGUCGGCGAUCGACCCUGAUGGGAGGAGGAGGAGGUGGCGGUGGUGGCGGCGGUAGUGGAGCCCCCUACACCCACAUGAGCAAGUAUUCCUACCCGACGGAUAUGAGUCUUAGUAGCCAUUACGGGUACACAUCCUGGGGUUUAUGGCGCGACAAUCGGAAUCUGUCCUCGUCAAUGUACGGCAAAAAGCAGAACAACUUCAGAUCGGUCCCCGUGCUGCUAUUGUCGGCAGCUUUUAUCGUGGUCCUUGCCAUACUCUGCGUAGCUGGGCUCGCGUUCUAUUUGAGCGCAUUCAAGACGGAUCUCAGCGAUUCCAUCCUCGUCUUCGACUGCACGUUUCGGGUGACCCGGGGGGACAUUUAUACGACCGGGUUGCGCUCGAAUCACACGUCGGUUUUCCGGCAAAAGUCGGCCUUCUACGAGCGGCUCGUCAGCACAUCGCUGGAGCAGAGCGGCCUGACGGUGUCCCGCACGGAAAUUAUGGACUUUGGCGACGGUCCAACGAUAGUGCUGAGUUUCCGUGUGUUUCUCGACAUGCGGAUGAUUAAAAUAACGAUUAAUAAUGUCGAGGAACACAUCCGACAGGCGGUACUCAGUGAGCUUGCCAAUUCACACUCACACUUUAAGCACAUCCGAGUGGAUCCGGAUUCGAUUGAAAUUAAACGGCUGCUGGAUCAGAAGGUGCUGAGGAUGGCAUUCAUGAUGAAGGAACAGCCGCUGCCGCCACCGGUCAAACCGCUGGAGGAUCGUCUCGGAGCAGCAAAAAAAUCCGGCGUAAUUGAGAAAACGAUCCAUAAAUUCACGCCAAAGGUCGCUUCAUCGACCUUACCUACGACAUCGGUUAAUGAGCGAAAUCAACCUCAGGAACAACAGCCGCCGCAACAGCAGCAGCAACAACUGGACGGUGAAUCUGACAUUGACAUGGAUAAUCUUCCGGUAAUACAAGGGUCAUUCGAAAUAACGAAAACGGAUGCGGAUAUCACUCAAAAACGAAACAACAACGGCGGCGGAGGUGGGACAGUGAUGUCACAAGCUGUGUCCACCUUGAAACCGUUUGCCGUAAGCCCAGCUCAGCUGAAGGUUCGAGUGGGUGAAAAAAAGUCAAAUGACAGCGUCAAAGCAGAAGAAAAAGUACCGCUAUCCUACUCAUCAACUGUCCGGCCGAAUCCGGAGGCCAAAUUUCGAUACGAAACCGGUACGGCAAAGAUAGAGAAAACGGACAAACAUGGUGUGACAACGAAGAAAAUUAAAGCUAGUUCCAGCAUAGGAACACGAGGUUCUGCAUACACCAAACGAACUACCACAACCACGACUAAACCGCCAACGACGUCCACCAGCACAACUACCACGGUCAGAACAACACUGAAAAGCACUACUAGCUUCCCAACCACUCCGGCAUCAUCGGUCGAAUCGGCUACGGAAAUCAGUCUACCAGAUUACGACCUGCUGACGGAGUUCGGUAUUGACGACCGAAAUGAUACGUUUUUGGAAAAUUUUCUGCAAUCCAUUAUUAACGACAGCCUACCGGAUGAACUGAUGGCCGCUCAGAAUCGAAUGGACGAAAAUAUCCCGAAGCUGGACGUCAGUUUGUUUACCAGUGCACCCAUUUUGGACAAACAACCGUGGCAACCGAUUCGUGCGACUAUUCCGAAAGAAAUUCCACUACAAAAGUUCUCUCCGCCCAAGCAACCGAAGAAGAAGCCUUCUUUAGCCGAAGAGAUUCUCUAUCGUAACAAGCACAGUGACAUCGAGAGCUCGCUGUAUACGGAAAAUCCCGUGGGACACAUCUACUACCAGAGCUUCACCAAUCCUAGUUUCGGUUCUUCUACGCUGGGAAUCGAACCGCUAGGCGUGGUCGAUGUUAAACCGUACCCACUUCCGGUGGAUAAGAUUUCUAUCGAGGCCGUUCCGGACUUUAAAUUAAUGACACCGACCGCCGUUAGUCUUGGCGAGAAGAUAUUGAACUACACCAUGGACGAUAAGAAAUUUGAACACUUGGGAGGUGGAGUGAUUGCCAAGAAACCGGAAAAUAAAACCACACCGUACAGAACGACAAGCACGGAAAGCAUGAAGACAAGUGUGAUCACGGUAACUCCAGUCUACAUGACUACUAGCGUAGAGAAUAUGAGUAACUCAACGGAAGAUUAUGUGGACUACUAUCUGAGAGAUGGACUGAACUUUACGGAGCUGACUACAACGGUAAAUGAACUGAGUGAGUCACCAGACUACGGUUUAGGUGUUGAGUCUAGAAUUAGUCCGGACGAUGAUUUGUACACCACGGAUAUCAUGUUGACUUCUACCAUGGGAGGUAUCAGUGCGGAAAAAUCUACGGAAUCUACGUCGUUCGAUUCCGGCAGCAGUGAGUCUAUGCUUUCGACCAUAGAUCAAUCGGAGGAUACGACCACGCAAUCGACAACGGAAAUGGUUGCCACUAGUGCGGAGACAACUACGGAGCAAGAGAAAACAACAACCAACGGCAAGCGGACGACGUUCGUGGAAAUCGAGACGUUGAAGUACAAUCCUACCACAACGAUGACGACAGCUGCAGCGACAGUUCCGGAGCUGUUCCCCAUCAACAAGUGGGAGUUUGUGAAUGGAUCCCGCGUAACGGCCGCGAACAGCCAGUCGACACGGAAAGUUUUCAACGAAACCCUACAAGCUCUGGUGGUUGAGAAUGUCCAGCUGACAACCACGAUACCAAGUGUCAAGAUUGAAGCCCUGAAAAGUAAACACAACAGCUCCACCAAUCUGCAGAAUCUGUCGGUGAUUUUCGACACGUUAGCCUCCAAAUUGGGCAUCCAAACGGAGUCGUCGAGUAAAGCUCCCCCAUUUUCGUCGCUGUCGAAAAUCAAGAAUCAGUACAAAAACUCAACCACUCGAAACUCGACCAAAAAUCGAACCACAAGACCCAAGCGUAAAAAGAACAAGAACACAAGACGUACUUCGACAACCACUUCAACUACUACCUCUACCACCACGGUGGGUCCCGAACCUACGACCACGACUACAUCAACAACAACGAAUGCCCCCAUCUACGACACAACCCCGCUCGCCAAGCUCAUUCCGACCGUCACCAGUGACGACGUGGUGGACCUUGUACCAGUGAUGAUAUCUCCGACCUCCGAGUACUCUUCGGAGCUGUACGUCGGUCAGGCGGAAGUUGAAGUCAUCGAUCCGAACAAGUACGACGAAAUGCUGCGGUUGCUGUCCACGACGCCCACGGGAGCGGUAAGAUUUGCAACUACCACGACGGCACCGGCACCGUCUAGUCUGGUCACCCUGCUGCCCGCCAAAUCUAACUCCGGAAUCAAGAAUUUUCGUCCGAAAAUUAAGCAACAAUCGCGUCCAACCAAAACCACCGGCGGCUCGUUAGCAGCUCAUAACCGGCCACAGUUGCUUACCGCUGAUGCUGCGUUGGCCAGCGGCCGUGGCGGCGGUACGAACCAGAAAUCAGAAUUAAUGAAUGCAAGUAAAAGUGUGGCCGCGGGUACCGACGGCAAUCGGAAUGAUGACAGUGCCAACCGGGCCAGUAGCCGGGAGGGCACCGGCAACGAACGAGGAUUUAACAACCAAAACGAUAAUAAAAAUAACACAAUGGUGGAAACGGUGGUGAGGGCCAGUAUGCGCUUUGAAUCAUAAUAAAAACGAGAUGCUGCCGGAAUCUGCUGUAAGUGCUCCCUGGCGCUCGGAUGCAGAUUACAGGGUUUCCACGGCGGUCGUUGGCUGUAGAAUGAUGGGUGCGGUGAAAGAAAGAGAGGAUUAAAUUGAAUGCAUUGCAACUUUUUGGUACGACUGAAUGUACGAGUGGACGGAAGAAUGCACGAGUUGGUGUUGGGAAAUUGGGAAAAUUGUAAGGAGGAAGGCAUCCUCCGUGGACUUAAAAAAUGUGAUUUUACGUACGAAAGGAGAUAUAUGCAGUUGGUAUGGUGCAGAUGAGGUGGUUCUCAGAUUUCGUUGGUGAUAUGUCCUGUUGCAUUCGAACGGUCCGUAGCUUGUUAUCGCCGUUACUUGUUUACUGUAGCGAGUAGCGCACUCAACACCAUUCAAGCCCAAUAUUUCAAACUGAAUCGAACAAAUAUCACGCAGUUUGAAAAAGAACUCGAUACGGAUGGCUAAACUUUAAAUCAUACACGGCUAAACCGUACUUCAAAUGCGACUCUCAAGAACCACCCCGCUUUCGAGGGGUGAAACCGGGGACCAAAAACGGACCACUGGGAGAGACGUUCUGUGAACGUGAAUAUGGGAACAUGCAUACUAUUCAAAAGCUCGUGCAGCAGCGCAGGUAACAUUCGGAACAAUCGUGUAGUAAUCGCAUGCAAGCCGGCAUAACGAAACGAUAACGAACCCGACAGGGUCGCUGGGCUGCUAAUUUAAUCUCCGUUUGUUUUUUUUAAACAUAGGCAGUGAAACCUCACUAUUAUGAAAUAAAUAUCGCGUCCGCCCGAUGGUUAAUCCUAUCAGGAGUUUGUGGAGACGCGUGGUAGUUUAGUGUAGUAGUAUAUCGUAGGAAUUUUACGGAUAGGCAAACAGGUUAUUUACUGAGUUCUCCUACAGCUCAAAUUCUUUCUAAAGCUAGGUUUUAGUUGGCUUCUAUCUACUAAUUUUAAGACUGAUCGUAUAUAAAUGAAACGAUUAAUCGUUUGUAGCAUCACAUCUUUUGGUUACCUUUUGUGUACGAUCGUUCAAAAGGAAUGAUAAAUAUCUUUAAGCUUCAAAUUUGUUUGCAGAACUGUUAAUGUUCAACUACUCGAACGAACUUAGGUGAAAGAUUAGCUGUAAGAAUUUUAGUUUUCAGCGCGUAAUCUUAAGUUCAUUCUUAAACCGAAUUUUAUGUGAAUAAACAACGACCUAAAGUAUUAUGAUAUUAUGUAAGAAGCCUACUUUCGAAUGUUUUUGAAAUGCUUUUGACUACCUUUCU